CGCAAACGCAAGCACGCUCGCUCGCUCGCGAACGAGUGUGCAUUGUUAUGAUUUGCGCGACACAUGACACUCGUCAACUUUUUACACAAACGCGUCAUGUCUGAGAGACGCAGAACGAGGGACGAUUGUUGUCCGUCGUAACUUUGUCUUACGCAGUAUGCAAUUCGAUCCUCGUGUCCUUACGUCGUCCUACUGUUAUCUAACCGAGCGUGACGCUUUGACGAACGAAAACAAACAUGAGCGUAUUUUACAUUUUCUCUAUUACGACACAUGAUAUGCGCAAUGCGCAAAAAUUUUUUUUUAAGAAAUAGAAUCGCGAUAUGUUUAUAAAAAUAAACGAAAACCAAAGUCCAUAAAUGACGAAGAUACAGGCAAUUUUAUUUAUGAAAAUCUUAUGUAUGCACUUUUCUCAGUCAGUAUCAAUAAUACAGUCUCAAGUUGGUGUCAUAAGAGGAGUGCAAGUACUUUAUAGCGACACUAAUCCGUUAGAUGUAGAUCUAGUAAUAAAUUUACCUCAUGAUGGCAUUCGGCUUAUAUUCGAUCCUGUUGUACAAAGGCUUAAGAUAAUUGAGAUUUAUAACAUGAAGUUAGUGAAAUUGAAAUAUUGCGGCUUGCCAUUCAAUUCGCCAGAAGUAUUGCCCUCAAUCGAGCAAAUAGAACAUUCUUUUGGUGCAACUCAUCCUGGCGUUUAUGACAGCGAAAAACAGGUGUUUGUAUUGAACUUUCGAGGAUUGUCGUUUUAUUUUCCAAUUGACUCAAAAUUUCAACCUGGCUAUGCUCACGGAUUAGGCUCAUUGCAGUUUCCUAACGGCACUUCGCCUUUAGUUGCAAAAACAGCGAUUUACGUUGGAAAUAUGCCAGCUGGUGGUAGCACCGAAGAACAUGGUUCUAAGACACCGCCGCCACCUUUGCCACUUGCCUGUUACCACAAUAACUUGUACUUGGAGAAAGCUGAUAUCAUUCGGGACAAGGCACGUACUCGAGGGCUCAGAUUACAUCUUUUCACGGAAGGUAGUUCCGGAACGAGAGCACUUCUGGAGCCGAAGAAGCGAUGUCUGACCAAGGAGGUAUUGUUUGGUGAUACUUGCGAGGAUGUUUUAAGCGCGCUCGGUGCUCCGUCUAGAGUAUUCUACAAAGCUGAGGAUAAGAUGCGUAUUCAUAGUCCACACGCGCACAAGCGGGACAAAACAAGGCGGUCAGACUUUUUCUAUAAUUAUUUUACUUUAGGUUUGGAUGUCUUAUUCAACGCAAAAACUCAAUGUAUAAAAAAGUUUGUACUUCACACGAAUUAUCCAGGACAUUAUAAUUUUAACAUGUAUCACCGCUGUGAAUUUUCUCUAACUCUGCCACCUGAAAAUAAUUCCACGGAAUCGGGAAAGUUGAUCGACGUUUCCCCAUCUCCUGUUACAAUCACUGCCUAUACAAAAUGGGACAGAGUGAGUGAGCAAUUAAAGGCGAGCGCGCGACCCGUAGUCUUGAAUCGUGCGUCCUCGACGAAUACAACCAACCCAUUCGGCUGUACGUUCUGUUAUGGCAUACGAGAUGCGAUUGUCGAAGUAAUGGCAAAUCAACAUAUCGCAAGUGUAACUUUAUAUAGAACUGCGUGACGUUGAUAAUUUGCGAUGUAAGCCAUUACGUAGCGCGAUUUAUAAAAAACAAUUGUGGAUCAGAAAUUAUACUUUUAGCUUUAAUUUUUGAAGUCUUGAGUUUGCCAGUUAAAAAAGCGACAUGCGACAUGAACAAUGCGUAGAGCGCUCUGGGAAGCUUUUUUAAAAAUAAUAUAUAUAUAUAUAUAUACAUAUAUAUAACCAAUUAUUUUAAAAUACAAGGAUGAUAAGUAAAUGUUACGUAAAGUGUGAAUAUUAAGACGAUUAAAUGAUGACCGUAUAAGAUAUGUAUAAAAUUCAGAAACAAAAUAUAUGGAAAGUAAAAAAAAUGUAUAAUAUCACCUCGAGACUCACGUUUUUACGUAUCGUAAAAACUUAUUAUUUCUUUUGUCAAGCCUUGUCUCGCAGCUAUGGAUAUUUGGAUCAAUUUCAAGUCGAUUUUAUCUUAACAAGAGUCUCGAUACUUGUCUUUUUUUUUAUAACGUCUUAAUUUUUCACAUUAAUCUUUACACAAUGUUAAAACUUUAGCUGAAAGAUAUAAAACUAUCAUUGUAAUGCAACAAAAUGCUGCUGUAUUCUUACGAAUACUAUCUUUUUUCUACAUGUAGAAUUAAAAGGCAUAAUUUUAAUUGUAUUGCGUAAGUUAACAUAUCCGUACAAAUAAUACGAUUAUAUAUAAGUUCGAUAAUUCUAAGAAAUACACGGAGAAAUUUAUUAUGAUAUUAAAAUAUCACGAUAGACUCUAAAGAUUUUCAACGAGACAUUACAGUCGCUUUUCGUACAUAGUAAACGUACGAUGAAAAUUGCUAUAAUGGCUGCUAUAGUGAAGAUUGAAUAUAUUUAAGCGUAAUAUUAAAAUUCUUAUAAUUAAAUAUAGAUAAAACUUUAUUUAGAGUCUUGAAUGAUAAUUAAUAUUUUUUAUUUUAAUUUAUUUGUGUCUCAAUAUCGAUGUCUUAUUUUUGUUAAGAAAAUAUUGACUCUGUAUCAUUCAAAGAAUCUGUAGCUGGAAGAAAGGCAAUAUUACUUCAAGACUUUGUCUUGACAUCGAAUUUUGUCUUGUGAUUUUAGUGAGAAAAGUUAAUAUGCAUUAUUGUAUUGUUAAAAGAUAGGAAGACAUCAAUAAUUUCGUCCAAUACUUGAUUAUUUUUAUCUAUUGGAUGCCAUAGCGUUUCCUAAUUUAAUUCCCAUUUUUUGCCAUAAUUGUAAAAUUAUGACAAUUAAUAAGGAAAUAAUUGUAGAACAAAUUAGAAAUCAUUAUCCACAAAAGAUAUUUUAAUUCGAGAAUUAUGAAGACAAAAGCGAAAAAAAAAACUAUAUAAAUUUUUACUGGCGAUAUAAUCUUUUUAAUCAGUUGUAAGGAUUGUUACUAAUAUAAUCUCGACACAUAAUAUUACCCUUAGGUCAAGUAAGAAAGUAAGCUGAUUCUCAAUUUUCAUAUAAAUAGUAACUUUUUUAACAUGGGUGUGAAAAAAGUAACGUGUGAGAUUGGCGAAAGAAAUUGAAAUUACGUAUAUCCUGAUUAUCGUGUUCUUUUUUCAUUAUAAGAUUGCGAAUUCUUACCCAGCACAAAUGUCAUCCAAGUAAAAAAAAAACUUAGAAAUUAUAACAUUAUGUAACAAAUAAUAAAAGUAUUUGUUGUAUA